AUGAACCAUCCAAGCAGCUUGUCAACAUCCCUGCACUCUGCUUCCACCUGCGCUGCCCUCACAGCUAUUCUAAUUUUCUGCUGGGUUUAUGUGCGCAAGUAUCAGAGUCGGCGGGAAAGUGAAGUGAUUUCUACCAUAACAGCGAUCUUCGCAUUGGCCGUUGCUCUUAUUUCAUCAGCGCUACUACCAGUGGACAUCUUCUUGGUUUCAUAUAUGAAAAACCAAAAUGGUACAUUUAAGGACUGGGCUGAUGCUAAUGUUUCAAGACAAAUUGAAGAUACUGUACUUUAUGGAUACUACACUUUGUACUCCAUCAUACUGUUCUGCGUCUUUCUGUGGAUUCCCUUUGUCUAUUUCUAUUAUGAGGAGAAAGAAGAUGAUGAUGGCAACACAUGCUCACAGGUUAAAACUGCACUCAAAUAUACUCUGGGAUUCGUCACAAUUUGUGCAGUUCUUCUCUUAAUUGGUGCUUUUGUUCCUUUGGAUAUUCCCAACAAGAAGAAUUCCACAGAGUGGGAGAAAGUGAAGCUCCUGUUUGAAGAAUUUGGAAGUAGUCAUGGCUUGACUGCUCUUUCAUUUUCCAUUAGUUCCUUGACAGUGAUUGGAAUGCUGGCAGCUAUCACUUACACAGCUUAUGGUAUGUCAGCUUUGCCUCUAAACUUGAUUAAAGGAACUACUAGUGCAGCUUAUGAACGUUUAGAGAACACUGAAGAUAUUGAAGAAGUGGAACAACAUUUAUUAAGGAUUAAAUCAAAGUGCAGAGAUGGUCGACCUCUGUCAUCAAGGGAUAGACGAACUGUACAACAACUAGAAGAGAGACUAAGGACACUUCGAAGAAGAGAGAGGCAUCUGGAGUCCAUUGAGAAAAGCUGGUGGACAAAGUUCUGUGAAGCUAUCCGACCUCUAAAGAUUGUGUGGGGAGUAUUCUUCAUCAUUGUGGCACUGCUCUUCACUGUCUCUCUAUUCUUGUCAAAUUUGGACAAAGCUCUGCAUUCAGCUGGCUUCGACUCAGGAUUUAUAAUUUUAGGAACUAAUCUGACAAAUCCAUUGAAUAUGCUGUUACCUGUUCUUCAAACAGUUUUUCCACUUGAUUAUAUUCUUAUUACAACAAUUGUUAUGUACUUUAUCUUCACUUCAAUGGCAGGGAUUCGAAACAUGGGUAUAUGGUUCUUCUGGAUAAGGCUUUAUAAAAUCAGGCGAGGAAAAACUCGACCUCAAGCACUCCUGUUUCUCUGUAUGAUACUUCUGUUGAUAGUUCUUCAUACAAGUUACAUGAUCUACAGUCUUGCCCCUCAGUAUGUAAUGUAUGGAAGCCAAAAAUACCUGGUACAGAGUAAUAAGACAAUUGAUGGCCAGCCAAUGAAUGUGACAACAUUUGUAUCUAAAGACUGUGAUGCAGAUGCACCUGAAGAUCAGUGUAUUGUUACUCGAACAUACCUCUUUCUUCAUAAAUUUUGGUUCUUCAGUGCUGCCUAUUACUUUGGGAACUGGGCAUUCAUUGCAGUCUUUUUAAUUGGAUUAAUUGUUUCAUGCUGCAAAGGCAAGAAAUCGGUCAUUGAAGGUGAAGUGGAUGAAGAUGAUUCAGACAUGAGUGAUGAUGAACUGUCUGUUUAUUACCAUUGAUAGCCUUUUGCAUUCAAGAUGGAAAAAUGUAAUUAAAAAUUAUGUUGAAAGUCAUACCCAUAUGAAGUUGGUAUCCAAAUAAGCAUCCUUGCACCUGUAAAAAUAGAGGAAAUAAGUGUACUCAUUUAAAGGGGUAAAACACUGAAUAUCACUUUGAGUAUCACUGUUGUAGCAGAACAAAUAUUGAAGCUGGGUUUGAAUAAUAUAUAGAAAAUACUGUUUUAUGAUUAAAUGUAUAUGUAACUUACUGAUGUAUAAUUUGAUGAACUGUUGUAACUAUUUCAUAAUUCAUGUUGCUGUUCUGUUAACUUAAGUUUUCUUAAAUA